UUUGAGGUGUAUCACCCCAUCCGAUAAACAUUUAAUAAUUGUAAAAAUUGAAACAAACAAAAAAAUUCUAUUUAAUGAAUGGAUUGGAUCUAUUCAUCAAUCGAUAAACAAUGGCUUUUAAUUUUGAACCAUUUGGAAUGAUUUGUUUUGCAUUUUUCUAUGGUCUAAUCGGUUAUGUUGAUUUUGUUUACAUCUUAUACAUUGUUCCAUAUUCAUAUUUCAGUAUUAUACCAUAUAUAUCGUUGAUCGGUAGUUAUCAGCUUUGUCUUUUCAUGAUCACUUGGUCUCAUUUAAUGUGUGUAUUUUGUGAUGCUGGACGUGUUGAUCGACAUCGUCGAAGUCGUCGUAGCCGCCAUCAUCGUCAAACAUCACUUAAAAGAUUACCAUCUGAUCCAUUGAAUCGAAUGUUUCCUGUAGUCAAUGUCACGAAUAAUUGUUCUAUUGAUAUGAGCAAUAUUAAUAAUAACGUCAAUAAUCAUCAACAAACCCCGCAACAUUAUAUGCAACAACAACAACAACAAAAACCUCAAAAUUUCUGCGAAAUUGAUUACAUUAUGGAUCCAACAUCCAAUGAUUUCAACGAAACAAUGUAUUCGACAGCGGAUAAUUUUGAAAAUAUCGAACCGAAUUAUACGUAUGAAUUAGAUUGGACAUAUUGUAAACAUUGUCAUCUUUAUCGACCACUUGGUGCACAUCAUUGCCAUAUAUGUCGUCAUUGUAUAUUACGUAUGGAUCAUCAUUGUCCAUGGAUCAAUAAUUGUGUUGGUCAAUAUAAUCAAAAAUAUUUUCUACAAUUCACAUCAUAUGCCUUCAUAGGUUGUCUUUAUACGAUUGCAUCGAUCAUUUUAUCAUUAAUUAUAAUACCACCCGGUAUUCCGAUUCGAAUUGUACACAUUGGCCUAAUUACAUUGGCUUCAUUUGUUUUGGGUAUAUUUUCAAUAGCCGUAUUCUUUGAUCAAUUACAAAACAUUUUUAGCAAUAAUUCUUCUGAUCGAAGUCAUCUAUCUCGAAGAGAUUAUAAUAUUCCCAAUACAACAUUGCAACCUACAUCCAAAAGUCGUACGAUUAUUUUACGAGAAUUGUUUGGAAAUAUUCCGGUGAUACUUUGGCUAUUACCAUAUCCAUUCAAACCAUACACAUCGACAACGACAACGACGACCUCGAAUUGAAA